AACGCCAUGUACACACUUCUGCUGGACUUUAUACAGGUGGAUGCACACAGAUGGAAGUAUGUCAACGGUGACUGGGUGCCUGGAGGUAAGGCAGAACCGGCCGCCCCCAGCUGUGUGUACAUUCACCCCGACAGUCCGAACUUCGGCGCUCACUGGAUGAAGGAACCUGUCAACUUCAGCAAGGUCAAACUCACCAACAAACUCAACGGCGGCGGCCAGGUGAGUGAUUUG